AUGGUUCGUCAAGGUAAUGGUUCGGCGGAGCGCAGUAGCGACGGGAAUUCAAGGGAAUCUCAAAGAGAGACAACUGGCAUCCCCCUCCCUCUCUCCCCUCCACCAGCAACCCGCCAAAAUCCCCCAACAACAACCACAACAACAACCACCACCACCAUCCCAGCCCCCCCACGACCCCUCAACCCUCACCCUCACCAAAACCCACACACCCAUCCUAUCCCCCCACCAAUCCACCCCCCCUUCCACGCCCACACAGCACAACUCCACCCUCCUGUCUCCACCCCGGAAAGUCUCUUCACCAGGAGAAACCUCCCACCCUAUACCGCCCUUCCCAUCGCGGAUCUCUACCAGCCAGGAGAAACCUCGAUCGGCGCACAACAAGGAAUACCCGGUGGUUCAUCUUUGGGAGCCGGAGUCGGAGCUUCCCAUGCCAUCCCUGUUGGUGGCGAUGGUAUGCAAGCAUCGGGUACCUCUUCCGCUGCGGGAUUUCCUGGCUCUAAGAGCAGAUACACUCUGAAGAAGCGGGAAUCUAACGCCAAAGCGUCGGGGUCCACUCCCAAACCUUAUAUCGUGAAGCCCAAGUCCAAAUCCUCCAAAGUAAAAUCCCGAGUUUCCAAGUCUAAGAAACCGGCAGAGUCCUCAGCCACAGCAGCACCGCCCGCUGAGGAUCUAAACGAAUAUGUAGAUACUAUCAUCCACACCCUGACUGGCGUGGUUGCCGAUCUUAAUGGUGCCGCGCAGACUAUUCGUGAUAUACGAAUUGAGCAGGAGCGGAGAAGAGAGGCGAGAGCGGCUGCUGCUGCUGUUGGAAGAGAAGAUCCUGCGGAGGAACAGGAAGAUGAACAGGAAGACGGAGAGGAAGAGGAAGAAGAAAACUGA